AUGAAAUCCUUGAACAUUCUAUCUGAGAUCUUUUCAUAUUUAUCAUAUAUUGACCUCAGCAUGUGUGCUAAAGUCAGUAAACUUUUCAAUCGCGUGAGCAAAGCUUCAUCUACAUGAAGGCGCGAAGCACUGAGGAUUGCAACUGGUAAUUUAAUUUUUUAUGGCAGACCUUUAGAUCAAAGUGGAAGUUCCCAUUUCUCAAUUGGCUCCACUGACUGAAAGCAAAAUCUUUUAGAUUUUCUAAAUUCAAAACAAAACUGACUCUGCAUUGACUUUCCCAAUAAAAGUAAAGAUGCAACAAACCUAUUUUCUGAAUUUAUAAAUAUCCUAAAGGAGCCAGAUAUCCCGUUUCCAGUCCUUAGAAGAGAUAAAAAAAUCUAUUCAACUUUAUUCCAGGAAAUGCUGGCAUAUCAAGAAUCUGGACCUUCUUUGAGAUUAUCAACGAAUGCAUUAACGGAAUCAGUCAUUUUUGAAUUAUUCAAAAAUCAUAACUCAACUUAAAGAACAAGUAACGCAUUUCGCAUUUUAAAAAUACCUUUUUCGAGAAAUUAAUAUAAAAAUUUUGGUAUAAGAUAUUAUUAUAUAUAAUUAAUAUUUGUAUAGCAAGAUCUUUAGCCAAUUCUAUUAAAACUUAAUAAAGAUUGGAUUCUUAAGCAUAAAUUUAUAGAUUAAAUUUAGCUUUUCUUUUCAAAUAUUUGUAAAUUUAAAUAAUUAAAAUCAAAAUUUUUUAAAAAAAAUAAAAGCAUCUUGCUCAAUUUCAAACGGGUGGGAGUAAGAACUUAGAAGUAGAGGUAAGAGAAAUUUAGUUUGCUACUCAAGUAGAAAUUAGCCAACUUAUUAUUGCGAAAUGAAAUUUGCGAGCUAAAAGUGAGAUUGUUCUGAGGAAAAUGAGCAUAGGAGCACUGUCAUCUAAGUCUACAGCUGUAUCGAUUGAUCAAGAAAGUGAAUUAAUGAAUAUUUAUUUCACUUUUCCAUUAAAAAACGCAAAACCUGUAGUCCUCAAGCUGCAUCGUGCAAUCAAAUGCACAAUUUCUAAAUACUGCCAAAUUGCAUUGGCAUCAAUUUUGGACUAUUGUGAUCUGGCUGAACAGUGUAAUCAAUACAUAAUUAAGGUAAAUUCUAUCUAGUGAAACGCAUUUUGCGCAUCUAUGAAAGAAUUGAAUGCGAUGUAUAUGUCUUUUAAUGAAGCUUUUAACAAAGUUUUCAAAAAAAAAGCAGAAAUAUCUCCUAAUGGUCCUCAAUUUUCUAUUAUGAGACUUAUGGCUUUACAAUGGAGGCGCAAAGUUUUCGAUAAAUUUAAAGAUCGACUAGUUGAAGAAGCCUUAAUCUUGAUAGAACUGUCAAGGGAAAAGGAUAUGAGCCAAGAAUUUACAUAUUUACUAGUGAAAAUCGUUCAAUCAAUAGUAGAUAUGAGUAUAAAUGAAUUAAGUGUCCAUUUCAUCAAUCAUUCACAAUUUUAUUCUGAUGGUUUGUAUGAGCUCUUGCAUGAAAAAAUUAUUUUAGAAACGUCAAAAUAUUAUCAAAAUUUAGUAAAUUUAAAACCAGUUGAAUUUCUGCAAAAAACAAAUAAAGAUUUCAAGCUGAUUCAAAGAGUAUUUUUAAAGAGUACACAAAAUGAAAUUGAAAAAAUAUUGACUGAAACAAAAUUAGAAUUUUGCAAAAAAGUGAGCCCAGAAGAAGCUGAAAAAAUUCUGUAUAAUGAAUCUGAGGUAUAUCCAAGCAGAGACAAUCUCGAGAAAAAAACAUCAGAAGAUUGUAUGAUAGAAAAACAUGCUCAUAAGGCUGGCUUUCCUUUAGAUUCAAGCCCCGAAGAAAGAAUCCUUUACUCAAUGGCUAAUGAUAUUAGUCCAUUAGAGUUUGAAGGCAUAAUUCUCAAUUAUGAGCUAAAUUAA